GGUCACACGCUUAUUGUCCAUGCUUGACAUGUCUUGCUCCUCCGCCAAAAUGAAUGGAUCGAGUUUUGAAAAUGAAGAUUGGACGGGGUAAAGCUUGCAACAGAGUGAAGGGCGUUUGCACCAGUGUAUUGCAAACGGACACGAGAGGGAGGGAGGAAAGAGAUGGGGGUUGCAAUGGUAGUAACCGUUCAUUCUGCUGCUUCUUCUUCCACACGCCGCCCCUGGCUGAGUAGCCUCCGCCGGCCACAUUUUCCGUGCCCGUCUGCUUCUCCUUCCGCCUUCGCUAACAGUAACCACUCCUCGCUCAUCAGCAAGCGCAAUUCAACUUUUCCGCGAACAAGCUGCUGCUCCAAUUCACCCAACCGUGGGUUUGGCACUGACGAAUCCAAGGUCAAGAAGAAAUCUUCAACUGGCGGAAGGGACUCUAGGAAAUUUCACUCUCAACGAACUGGCACCAACCUUACUAAAGCACCUGUUCUAAAUUCCCAAAACAAUGUGUUGAAGUUAACAAACAGUGUGUCUGAUGUUCAGUUUGAGGAACGACUGCAAGCAGUUAGAAGGUCAGCACUGGAGCAGAAAAAAGCUGAGGAAGAUAAGCAGUUUGCAGCAAUUGAUUAUGAUACUCCAGUUGAGACCAAAAGUAGGACAGUUGGACUAGGUACUAAGAUUGGAGUAGGAGUUGCUGUUGUGGCUUUUGGGUUGAUUUUUGCCAUUGGGGACUUUCUUCCCACUGGAAGUCCCACAAAUGAAGUCACCACUGUUGAUAAGAAAAUUUCAGAAGAGAAGAAAGCAAGCCUUCAGAAGAGACUGAAGCAGUUCGAGGACACCCUUGCCACCUCCCCAGAUGAUCCGACAGCCCUUGAAGGAGCAGCUGUGACCUUAGCAGAAUUAGGUGAAUACAGUAGAGCCUCCUCUCUCCUGGAGAAUUUAACUAAGGCAAAGCCAAACGACCCUGAUGUGUUUCGUUUGCUUGGAGAAGUUAAGUAUGAACUUGGAGAUUAUGAGGGCAGUGCUACGGCUUUUAGAAGUUCGGCAGCGGCAUCAAAAUCUACUGAUUUUGAAGUUCUCCGAGGCUUGACAAAUGCACUGAUCGCUGCCAAGAAACCUGAUCAGGCUGUUCAAAUGCUCCUGGCAUCUCGUGAACGCCCGAGUGAGGAAAAAAUAUCUAGUGUUAAUGGUGGAUCUGACAGCAGUGGCGCCAAACCUGGAUCACAAGUGGAUCCAAUCCUAGUUGAGUUGCUUCUCGGAAAAGCCUACUCAGAUUGGGGGCAUGUCAGUGAUGCUGUAGCUGUUUAUGAUAAACUCAUCUCUAGCUACCCCAAUGAUUUUAGGGCUUACCUAGCAAAGGGGAUCAUUUUGAAAGAGAAUGGAAAUGUUGGAGAUGCUGAGAGAAUGUUCAUCCAGGCACGGUUCUAUGCACCGAAGAAUGCAAAGGCGCUUGUCGAUAAAUACUCAAGGUGACAGUCAGGCCUUUGCAGUAUGAAGCUUCGUUUUUGGGCCUUAAACCUGGAGGAUUGAUUUCUAGGUGGCUUCUCUUGUAAAAUGCGAGGAUAUUAGAGCCAAUUACAGCUUCAAGAUCAUGGCUGCCAGGUUAGAAAAAUUUGCAUUUAUACUUAGAAGUGGUUCUUGUAAGAAAAUAUGUGCAAAAAUAUCCAUCUCUGUGGUCUGUUCACUGUGCCACUGGGAUUUUGAGAUGCCUACGGCGCUCCGUUUGUAAAAAAUGAUGAUUUCUACCCCUUAACCACCCGGUAAAACCCCCAACCAUGGCCUGACCUAACCCAUCCCCCCUACCCCUUUAGUUUCAUCCCCAAAGUUUUGUUGACUUUGGGGUAAAAUAUUUUGACUCCAGAGUCAACAAAAUUAUGAGGAUGAAAUUGAAAGGGUUAGGGGUGAGUUUAGGCUAGGCCGGGAUGGAGGGGUUUGUAAAAAAAAUUAGGACGAAGGAAGUAUUUAAAUUUAUAACAAACUUGUGUUCAAGUG